UGAUCAAAUUGCAGAUGGAUUCACAAAAGCAUUGCCGUUCAAGAGCUUUGAAAACUUCAAGUAUAAUCUCAACUUAAUGGAGUUGUGAUUAAGGGAGGGUGUUAAACACAUCAAUAUCUACAUGGCUGGCGGAUAUCUUCAUGAGGCGCAUCUGGUUAGGUAGUUAGAGUAUAAUGUUUAUCUCUUGUAACUCUUAUCUCUACCUCCUUUCUUCCUCUCCAAGAAUGUAAUCUCAACCCCAUGUAUGCGCUGUUAUGGGAGGUGCGCCUCAUCUAUAUAACACGAAGCCGUCGGCCUGAGAAGGCAAGACGUUCCGCUAGUUCGCACAGAGGGCACCAGCAGCAAUGACUGCUACACAGCCGGACAUGGAAUUGCAGAAGGAUCAGAGGCAUCCUCUUUUGUCCAACAGAACUGAUGGCACUGACAACAUGAGCCCCGUGCAGAAAGCAAUCAGACAGGCAUACCAGAGCACCGGGCACCUCGCCAAACUCCUUCCAUCAGGCACCGUGCUUGCCUUCCAGCUGCUGGCUCCAACCAUGGCUAAACAAGGCCACUGUGGUGACUUGGAUCGGAUGAUGAUGGGAGGGCUUGUGGUGCUCUGUGCACUCUCGUGCUUUGUUGUUACCUUCACAGAUAGCUUCAGGGAUGAGAACGGAAAGGUACAAUACGGGUUUGCCACGUUCAAGGGAUUGUGGGUCAUUGAUGGUGGAGUUACUCUUGAUCCACACGCUGCGGUUGAAUAUAAGAUGACAUUUCUAGACUUUUUCCAUGCAGCUGUCUCAGCAGUGAUUUUUGUUGCAAUCGCCCUAUUUGACCAGAAUGUGGCAUCUUGCUUUUAUCCAAUACCAUCAGAGGACACAAAGCAAGUUCUCACAACAUUGCCAGUUGCUAUUGGAGUUAUUGGAAGCAUGCUGUUUGUUAGCUUCCCAACCACCCGCCAUGGCUUUGGCUUCCCAGUCUCUCCACAGUACCUGGGUCUUCAAAAGAUUUGUUUGCUCUAAUUCCUGUUGAUCAAACACAGAGUCGAAAACCCCUUAAGCGGGAUAGAGAGAAAUAUACAGCACUAUUUCUCUAAAAUAAUAUUUAUAAGAGUACCUAUGGUGGCCUUCGACAUGAACAUGUUUUGUGUAUUCAUAAAUGAACAGUGCUGGCACCUGGGAGGACAAUAUAUUGGAUACGUCUUUGGCACAUACCACAAUUUUUUAAAUCUUUCAUAUGAUACAACUAAGACUUCUGGUUGAAUGGUUAAAGCGCCGAACUCAUAAUUGGUAAAUUUGAGGGUUCAAUUCCUACUGGAUGCACGUGAACAGGAACGUUCCAUAAGUCUACUGGAAUUGGCUCUCUAUCCA